GGAAGUAAAGCGGAAGUGGUGUAAUCUCGCCUUGGACCAUGCUUGAAUGGAGGUGACCUUAGUUAUUACAAAGUAAAGCAACUUGGCGACAGUUUUGCCGUAUAUACCACAGAUACAGCCAGUCAGGCCUAGUUUAUAAAUUGAACUCCUCUUGGAUAUCAGUGAAGACUUUUGUGGAGAGCGCGGGACAAACAGAGAUGGCAGAAGCACACCAAGCACGCAUGCAGACUGUGGUGGAAGAAAUGGUCCAAAGCUUGGAGAGGGACCACAUCCGUAAAAUGCAGGGUCGCAUGUUCAGCUGCAGUGCAGAGUGUUGUAGUCGUCCCUCAGACUCCAUGUCCCAGGUGCAUCAGUGUAUCGAGAGGUGUCACACUCCUCUGGCCCAAGCUCAGGGACUGGUCACUUCAGAGCUGGAGAAGUUUCAGGACCGUCUCACCAGAUGCACGAUGCACUGUAACGAUAAGGCCAAAGAUCUCUUUGACUCCGGCGCCAAGGAGCCAGCUGUUCGAUCACUGAUGGACCGCUGUGUAGGCAGCUGUGUGGACGACCACAUUAACCUGAUCCCCAGCAUGACCCGCAGACUCAAAGAGAAUUUGGACUCUAUACAGCAGUGAGCAGCGGGAUGUGCAGCUGUAGUCCCGUCCUGGUGACAGCCUGAGCUCAUCACAAGCAUACAUACAGCAGCGCAGGGUUAGUCAACUCAGCCAGUUUGACCAGUAACACCUGAAGAAUAGAGGGCUGGAACACCAUGCAAGAGUGGGGGGAGCAAAGUUCAAAAUGGUUUGUGCUAUUUUUGUGUUAAGAGGCUGAGACCCUGAACAUUGAUGUUGUCGUCGACAUUUAAAACUGCUCACUGUGAGAUUUGUAAUUGUACUACGUGUGAUCUGGUGUCUCUGGGGAUGCACCUGGAUUCACGUCAUUGCGUGUGAAGAUCGGCUCAGAACAGCUUUCAAGAGACCUGUUAAGUAUUUUUAACAGUGGUCAUUCGGUGCAAAUCAAAUUUUAAAACACGGAGGAGCAUCCUAAUUCAGUUGUGCACCUACUCAUGUAUAAAUUUGUGAGUGUCCUUCACGGUCAACUCCUCUUAGCCGUAAUAAAUUUCUGAAGUUUGUCCAGUAUGAGCCCGCUGAUCCCUCAUUCUUAUUACUGCGAGUUGUUCUGUGAUUUUCUGACCUCCUAAUGCAAGAUAUGUUUAUAUAUCUGGAUUAAAAGUACUGUACACAUA